AUGGUUCCGACUCACUGGCGCCGAGUAUGCACUGAUGGCCAACAUGCCCGACGAUGCCAUCCCCAAUGCGAUUGUUGUGAAGAACAUCACUUUUACGAUCAAGCGCGAGGACCUGUUGCAGACCAUGGCCGAUCUGUCACUGCCAUGCCCUACGCCUUCAACUACCACUUUGAUAACGGCGUGUUCCGCGGUUUGGCCUUUGGAAACUUCCGCACGCCCGAGGAGGCGGCGCGUGUCAUCAUUGGGCUCAACGGCGUUUCACUGCUCGGGCGUCCGCUCAAGUCCAUGGGUGAUAUGCAAAUUCAACAGCAGCAGCAGCAGGAUAUCUUUGGUGGAUCCUCGGCAAUGUCCUUUGGCCAGAAUCAGUACCAACACAGCAACACCAGCAGCAGUACCAACAACAACAAAUCCAGCAGCAGCAAUAUCAGUUUGAGCAACCUAUUCCUCGCCCGCGUCGCAACCAGAACAGCGAUGCUCCUGAGCGCCCACGAUCAAUGA